UUACUGCAGCAGUGUGUUCUAUGGUUUGUAAUCAACAUUUUAAUUCAUUAGCACUAUAUCUAAAACCAAAGUCAUGUUAAGUACAGUCAACGUAUCAUCUUUAUCAAUCAGUAUAAAUAGUUUAAGGGUGCAUAAAUGUGCUACAGAAACUCAACUGCACACAUGCUUUGCAUUUUAUUCUAAGGAAUUGAAUCGCUAUUCGUUUGUUGUUUGAACGACAAAAUAUGCAUUCAAAGAAUCUCGACCAACCAUCUUUGGAGCUGCAGCUUGAGAACAGGGCCUGCACCUCGUUGAGCAAUGAAAUCAUGGAUAAGACACGUGAACUGAGGCAGAUGAUGGGAGAAGAGCUCCAAGGAUUGAAUAUGGAAGAACUAAAGAAACUAGAGGAACUCGAGGAAGGCUUGAGUCGUGUUUUAAAAGCAAAGGAUGAAAGAUUUCUAGAAGAGAUGAGUGCCCUUGAGCGGAAGGUAUCCCAACUGAUGCAGGAUAACCAGCAACUAAAACAGCAGAUGGAGAAACAGUUUAACAUUAAAACACAUGCAAUUGAACAAGGUCAGUCAUCUGAGUCGAUCACCAAUAUUUGCAGCUCAGCUGAUCCCCUUCAAGACCAAGACAACAACGACACUUCUCUCAAGUUGGGGACUGGUCCACGUUUAGAGUUGAAGGCUUCCAAGGAGCCUCCAGGACAGACUCCGCAACUUGAAAAUAGCAGGCUGGAGAGCUUGGCCGAAACUGAAAAUGUGUGUGACUUUUUUGAAGAUUUGAAACAUCGAUUUCUUAGAUUCAAAAAGCGUAAAUUCAAAGAAAACUUGGAAAUCUUGCCCAGGGUCAAGCACCAAAGUUCAUGAUUAUUGCUUGUGCAGACUCUAGGGUUUGCCCCUCAAACAUCUUGGGGUUUCAACCAGGAGAAGCAUUCGUGGUUCGAAAUAUAGCAAAUCUAGUACCCACAUUUGAGGUGUAUUACAUUGCAUUUUGUUUAUUUUGAAUUUCUACUUCCCAAACAGACAAGCACUGAGGCUACAAAGUAUUUUCCCCCUUCAUUUUUUCUUCCUGUGUGUUCAGAGUGGACCCUCAGAAACAAAUUCUGCAUUAGAAUUUGCUGUAAAUGCUCUUAAAGUAAGUAUUUCAUACCUUGAAUUGUGGACCCUCGGGGGGAACAGGAUCCUCUCCAUUUCAAAAUCUCUCAAUUUUCUCCAUUUAGUGUAUUUUGAAGGGUAUUGCAUUUAAUGCACUACCAUUAUUAAAACUUUUGGACAACAAUACCCUUCAAAAUGCACUAAAUGGAGGGAUUUUGAAAUGGAGAGAAUCAUUUUUCCCCCGGGGGGUUGUUGUCUUCAUUUAAUAAAUGAAGACAACUUUAUUAUUAAAUGAACAUAGAUUUAAGCAUCCAACUUUAUUAUUAAGUGAAGACUACAACCCCCACCCACCCACCCCCCCAUUUUACCAGUAUUUUACAUGUAUCAUUUAAGUACCUUUUCUAAGAGAACAUACUAGUCUUUUGUAUGUGUUAUUUCUUUUGGGUAAAUAACAUUGCUCUCAUGUUUUUUUUAACUUUGCUAAACUUUUCUAUACAGUAGCUUUAUUAGAAGUUGGGUUGUUGUUGGAAACAAUGCAAGGCUAAUCACAAAGUCUGCAGCUUCCAACCUAAGCUUUGACCAGCAG